GCUCGGCCCGGCGAGAACGGACGCCCGAAGUCCUUCGGCAUCAUGGCGCUUUGGCGGCCGGCGCUGCCGUUGCUGCUCCUCCUCCUCCUCCUCCUCCUGCUCCGCUACAGAGUCCUGGCAAUAGAGCUGUUUUCUAAAAACAUCAAUCCGGUGGUGGAAGAAUUUCGACAGGCCGAACUGUCCUGCAUUAUUGCUGCCACCAAAACAGCGAAUCCCAGGAUUGAAUGGAAGAAAAUCGGUAGCCAAGGCACAACCUAUGUGUAUUAUGACGGGAAGGUGCAAGGGGAAUGGGUAAACCGGGUGCAACUCAUCAGCAGGACGUCCCUGACCAUCUACAACGUCACCCGAGCUGAUAAAGGGAUCUACCGGUGUGAGGUGGUAGCUCCCGAUGAUGCCAUCCUCGGUGCAGAAAUCAACGUUAACCUAACGGUUCACGUGAAACCCGUGGCCCCCAAAUGCCGGGUGCCCCCUUCUGUCCCCGUGGGGAAAUCAGCCACCCUCUACUGCCAGGAAAAGGAAGGCUUCCCAGAGCCGACCUACAGCUGGUACCGUAACGAUGAAACGUUGCCCCUCGAUUCCAAAGCCAGCACUAAGUUCCAGAAUUCUUCCUUUACAGUGAACCCCAAAACCGGCAUGUUGGCCUUUGAAGAAGUCCACAAAGGAGAUUCGGGUCGCUACAGCUGCAGAGCCACGAACGUCGUGGGCGAAGCCUGGUGCGAAGGGAUCGAAAUGGAAGUCUAUGACCUUAAUAUUGUUGGGAUUGUGAUUGGAGUGCUGGUGGUGCUGAUCGUCCUGUCCCUGACCACAGUGGGGAUCUACUGUGCCUACAGGAAUGGCUUCUUCGUCCACAACAAACAAAACGGAAACAGCUACAAGACUCCCACAAAACCAGAUGGCGUGAACUAUAUUCACACAGAUGAGGAGGGCGACUUUAGACACAAGUCCUCCUUUGUGAUCUGAAACAAGCAGAGGCCCUUCGAUUUGGCCCGGUGGCGGGACCAGAAGAACCUUCCUCCCCGACGGGCAAUCGCCGAUGUGUGUGUGAAAACGUGUCCCUUUUUACUCCUUUCGCAUUUACAAGCACGCGGGCGCAAUGACCGUGGUUGGUGGGUUUU